CCCCCCGUCGCUAUGGAGACCCGUUGCCCGGCAACGCCAGGUAGCGGUGGGCGGAGCGGCGGUUUGGCGAGACAGUUUGAAUGGGGCGAGGAGCGCGCGGGCGCACACGAAGCGAAAUGAGAGUCGGCGUUGGCUAUCGAUCCCUGCCGAGCGACCAAAGAGGGAACCCGAGAGACGGAGAGAAGCGCCUGCCCUCCACGCUGUCCUCCAGGAGCCAGGAUCCUCGGGCCGCAGAUGAAUCUGCUUCAGGAAGAGACGGCCAAGCCCAGCCGCAGUCACCAAUGAAAAUCUUACAACAACAGCUGGAAUCAUUCCAAGCCCUUCGACAGCAAACAUUGCAGAAUGUAAGCAUGGUCCAGUGUGAAAUCAAUGGAAUACUUAACAAAAAUAUAAUUGAUAUGAAAAGUUCAGAAUUUGAUCCAGACGAUUUAUGUUUGACGAGCACACCUAUCAACGUUGCUAUGCCAAGGAGAUAUCAAGAAGCAUCACAUUUUAAGAAGCAACUUCAUUUUGAUGACAGAUCUGGCACCAGUUCCAGUACAAAAACUGAUUCUAGCACUCUGUUUGGAGACACAGUCACAGAAGAAAAUAUUCCACAUCACAUUUCGAUAAAAUAUAAAGCCAUUGGGAAGUCAGAAGACCAUGCCCAGACAUCUAGAAAUAAACCUAUUCUGUCUUUAAACAGUGAUCAUGAAUUGAAGAAUUACAUGAACGACAUUUCCUCCCCAUCUUUUAUCAGCUUCAAAGCAGAUGACAGGACUCCUCUGAAAGAGUACAAAAGUUAUGAUGACUCUAAAGUGCCUAAGGUGUUCCAUAAGUUUGAUGAUGAGGACAAUGAAUGCUUGACAGAGAGCGUGAGUUUUUCUUUCAAGGACAUGCAACAGGAGAGUAAAAGAGACCCGAGGCAUGAACCGUCAUAUAUCUUUGACUUUCAGAACACACGCAAUGUAUGUAGCAAAGACAACGAUUCUGGUUAUCUGUCAGAACAAGACCUAACAGAAAAAGCCAUGAAUAUGCCAAAUGAAGAGUUGAAAUCUAGAAGAAUUUCAGAAGUGGAGGGUUCAUCUGAUAAGUCUCAUGAUGCCAUGGAUUCUUCUCAAGAAAAUAAUCAAAAUGCAACCCAAGCUCCAUAUGAGAGAAAGUACAAUAAGGAAACUCUCAUGAAAGAGUGUGCUCUGGACAAGCUGCAGUUAAAUUUCUUGUCCAAAGCAGUGGUAAGAGAUAAUUUAUUAUUUCCAGAACACAUUGAAGACAGCCAUGUAGAAAAAGAAUAUCAGUUGCUUAGCUCAAAUAAUGAGCUUCAAAAUGGGACUGGUCUGGAAUUCUGUGAUGCCUAUCCUGUGCCAGAUGAGUUGGGUGGAAAAGUUAGAUUAAUACAGACGCCUGCGAAAGAGUCAGAACAUGCUCAGAAAAAAAUGAUGAAUCUUGAACAUGAAAAUAUAGAUCUCAGAAACCAAAUGAAACCUCUCACAGACAUUAUACAGUCUCUAACAGAGCAAAACAUAAAAUAUCAGAAGCAAAUUAAGGACUUACAUGACGACAAGAAUAGCAUUCAAGAGAGACUAGUUAAGUCGGAAGGAGAUUGCAAAGAAUGCCUUAAGGAAGUCAGGAGGCUUCUGAAAAAAUGUAAAGAACUUCAGCAGCAAAAGGCAACUCUCGAGGAAAAUCAGGAUCAGCUUUAUGCUCAAAAUCAGCGUAUUGUGGAAGACAUCAAUGAUUUUCAGAAGAAAGAUCAGAAGACACGGGAUGAUCUGGCUUUUUUCACGAAAGAAAAAAGUGAUCUUAUUAUGGCAUUAGGGUCUUUGGAAAAACAGGUGGCAACAUUUCAAGAAGAAAAUCAAACACUUAGGGAAAAGAUAGGUCAGCUUACAGGGACAAAAACUUUACUGGAAAAAGAACAUGGAGAAAAACAGAUGGAAAUUCAGAAACUGAAAGAAAAUGAGAAGGUAACGAUGUCUAAUUUGGAGUCUCUACUUAAUGAGAUACAGUCUCUGAAAGAUGAAAAGUUGAAGUUAGAGGAGACACUGCAAGAGGCACUCAAAGCAAAGGAAGUCCUGAAGAAGGACCUCUUAGAAGCCCAAUCUAAAAGAACUGAUGCAGAAGGGAAGCUUCUGACUGAAUGCAAAACCACAAAAUUAGAAAUGGGAAUUUUGAAUACCAAUUUGUCCAACACAGAAAGAGAGUGUAGGAGAUUGGGAACAGUGGUGGCAAGCAUUACAGAGGAUAACUGGCUUCUUAAAAAGCAUCUCCAUGAAUAUAAGCAAGAGGCCACAGAAUAUAAAAACAAAAUAAGACAACUGAGUGAGGAGCUCUUACUAAUGGAAAAUGAAAUGCGCUCUGCAGAAAAUGAACGAGAUGUAUUGAAGUUUGAAGCACGCCGCCUCCAGAAGAAUAAUGCUAAUCUUCGAGACCAAGUUAUUGCUCUGUUCAAUGAACAGUACAAACGAAGGUUUCGCUCUCAAAAUCAAAGGGGAAAUUAUCCUUUUGCUAAUCCUGCGGAAAUUUGUGAUGAAAUAUCUAGCUACCAGCAUAUUUCUCUUAUGCAUAACCAACCAGGGCAUGAUCAAUCAAAAGAAAAGUGCUUGGAAGAGGAUUCAGGAAAUUCCAGACAAACUCCAGCAAUCAGUCCUUCAAAGAAACUGUAAUAAAAAAAAUCUUCUUUGAAAACAGUUUUUAAACUUUCUUAUAUAAUCAACAUUACUUUUUUCUAAGGCAUUCAGUAAAAAUUUGGGAAGAUGGUUUGCAGGUGAUGAACAACAUUUAAAGUUUUAAUUUUCCUUUUUUUCAUAUAACAUUUCGCUACAUGCUACAUAGAGUAUAUUUGGCAGCGCUGAAUCCAGUUGUGUGGACUCCUACAAUCCUCUUCCUGUUCUCAUUGUAGUGGUGAUCAGGCACAAAAUGGCGGGUGGCCAUUUCUUGCCAUCGCUUCUCCGAUUGCCCUUACACUCCAGACAACAUUAUUCCAGUCGACAAGUGGCAGCCACCAGCCAUUUCAUGGCUUGUAGUUCCCACUACGGUGAGAAUAAGAGGUGGACAGUAUGCCCCAUCCUGUGUCCCAGGAUCAAGCCCAGGAAAUACUGUUGCUGUGUAAACAGUUGCAGUCAGUUUUGUACUGGAACUGGCCCAACUAUUUACACAGGCCCAAAAUCCAUAUUUGCUCCAGGAUUUCAAGGAAACCUCAAAGCAACUCAUUUCUUAACGUUCUUGUUAACGCAAAUCAACUCUUAUGCAUCAUGUAGAUGCUAUUAAACUGAUUCACCUCCCUUUUGGGGUGAAAUGUGCAUGUAGAUGUGUCCCGAGUUCUUGAAAAUCAGGAUUGGUAUCUGGGAAUCACAAUUCAACAAAUUUACAAACUUUGAAAAAUUGGUAUCCCCCAUUACUUCCCUUUUGUGCUAUACAGCAGAUAGGAUGGCUUUAUGCUUCCUCUCUCCAAUGCAAUUGGUCAGGUAGGCCCUAUUGGUACCCUAUUCUAUAUGCAUGAGAUCUGUCCAACUUUUUCCCUCCCCCCAUGACAUAAAAGUGAGUUGUAAGGAUUAAAAGAUCAUCUGAGGAACCUUUUAGGAGUCUUUCCAUCUCAGGAGAUGGCAUUAUUUCUCUCAUGAGGCACAAGAGUAAAGGGCCUUAAGUCAUAUAAAGCUGAGCCAAAUAGCUUUGCUCCAGGAGUAUGGAGUUAUUUUCUGUAUCUGCAAAUCAACAUUAAUGCAAAUUAGCAGAAUCAGACUGGGGUAGGGAUGGCAAUUAACAUUCUUCUACAUAUAAAUCCAAGUUCGUGGAACAUGAAAGAAGAAAUACUAGAUGCAGUUGCAAGUAGUGGAAAAAAUAUAUUUACAAAUGCAUCUUAAACUUUCCUUUGAGUAAUUUCAUGGAGUUUACUUGAACUUAAUGUGACCUACUUCUGAGUAGUUCAUAUGUACUUACAUGUACUGAAAAAAUACCCUACAAAAUUAUUGGGAUAUGAAAAUAUGUUAUAUUGGUUUUUAAGGUGAAGGCAAUAGCUAAAAUCCGAGCAGUAGAAUUGGCAAAUAGAAAUGCCCCUCCAUAUUUCUGUCCUCUGAACUUCCCUAAAAACC